GAACGUAGCUAUGGUAACAGAAGAGUUCUUCAUGAAAGUGUUAACUGCAAAUCCGAUAAAAGAAUAGAAAUCAACUCAGUUUUAGCUUCAUUAUGGUCGGGGACAAGGUCUGAAGGGAGGAAACGGACCUGCUCCUGAUGGUCAAGGUACCAACUUCACCUACACCUUCCAUGGAGACCCUCAUGCCACCUUUGCCACUUUCUUCGGCGGUUCCAACCCUUUUGAGAUGUUCUUUGGCCGCAAGGCAAAUGGCAGAGAUGACGAAGACAUGGAAGUAGACGGAAACGACCCUUUUGGCUCCUUYACCACCUUCAACCUGAACGGCUUUCCCCGGGAAGGGCACGGAGGSCAGCAGCGCCGGAAACAGGACCCGCCUAUCAUCCACGAACUGAGGGUCACUCUGGAGGAGGUCUUCCAGGGCUGCACCAAGAAAAUGAAAAUCUCACGCAAAAGGUUAAAUCCAGACGGCAGGACCAUGCGGACGGAGGAUAAGAUUCUCACUAUUGAGAUCAAGCGGGGUUGGAAAGAGGGAACCAAGAUCACGUUCCCAAGGGAGGGAGACGAGUCGCUCAACACCAUUCCUGCCGACAUUGUUUUUGUCAUCAAGGACAAACCUCAUCCUCACUUCAGGAGGGAAGGCUCCAACAUUGUGUAUCCAGUUCGWGUGAGCUUAAGACAGUCUUUGUGCGGAUGCUCCGUCACCGUGUCCUCCAUAGACGGGAAGACGUCUCACAUGAAGAUCACCGAYGUCAUCAAGCCGGGCAUGAGGAAAAUCGUAGCUGGACAGGGCCUCCCGUUACCCAAAAACCCCGACCAGAGAGGAGAUCUGGUGGUAGAGUUUGAUGUGAACUUUCCGGAGACGUUGCCCGGGAACGCCAAGGACGUGCUGAAGCGGCACUUACCCACAUAGGACAAGAGGACGAGGACUGAGCAAGCGGUCAYUUCAGUCGAGAGACACUUUUCCCACAAGGACAGUUCCGACAGUGCACAGAUGGACCCCCAGCCGAUGAAUGUGCGGCCUCUAUUUUUGAGCUAUUUGUUGUUUUUAUAGAUAUCGUGCAUGCUGCCAAGCUGAUACAAGUGCAAGUGAGAGACUGCUUGAGCKCUGACUGUUAUGUGAAUCUGCACACUUUAUGUAAGUGGCCCUUUGGUUGGAAAUGGCUGCCAGAAGUCCCGGUGAUGCCGGGAAAACUUUUGUACUGAACAGAAAGUUUUGAUUUUCUCCUGGAGUUCAUAGAGGCAAUCUUCAGAUUUGAAUCUCUUUUGUUGUGAGUUUUAAACCAGAGGCUCUCAUGCUAGUUGUGGUGCAAGUUACUUAGUUCUGUUUUAGAUAUUGUUUGACACAUUUUUGGACUUUUUACAUGCAAGACUUGAAUUUCAAAAGCAUAAUCUAAAAAAUAAGCUGUGUAUUGGUUAUGAUCGCUUCACAACUUGCUGCCUAGGAAUAUCUGUAGUCUGUGUAGCAGUAUUGCAAAAAAGGCUUCUUUGCAGCCCUUGGAAAUGAAAUCUCUAUAUUGAAUCUAAUGAGAAAAUGGAAUCUAUAUGUAAUCUAAUCUAUAUUUUGAUAGUAAAAUGUGAAUUUUCUGAUGUUGUAAAACACACGGUUAACUUUUUUGAUGUGCAAAAAUGAAAAUUAAAUAUAUCUUGGCUGAA